AUGGCAUCAACUCCCCAAGACGUAGCUGUGUUGCUACAGCGUGAAGGUAGCGGAGUUGCACCAGACGCAUACGAUGCAGCCAACGAAGCUCAAGAUGCUGUCUCAAGAAGGACAAAACUACUCUCACCGGUGCUGGAAGCUCUCAAGUCACAGGAUUCUUCCACAUUAGAAGGGACAGCCAAGGCACUUGUUGCUUGGAGACUACCAUAUGGAGAUUCUGGCAUUCUCGAAUUCUUCCUUGACAUCCUGGCUUCUGAGGAACAGCAAAGCCAUGGUGUCAAGGUACAAGCUUUGCGCGUUACUGGAAACUCUUGUGCUGAUACGGAUGCAAACCGAGCUCGUGUUGUCGAGGGAAAGUACAUAAUCUCUUUCAUCAACCAUUUGCAGGAUAAGAAUCUUGUUCCAUACCUGAUUCCCGUUCUUUAUAAUGUCCUCGUAGACUACGAACCUGCCCAAAUUCUCGCAUCGCAGUCAAGACUCAGCAGCCACCUAAUUGCUCUGCUUCAAUCCCCUAACCUGUCUGACUACAGCCCUUUGAUCACCUACUUCUGCAAGAUCCUGGCUCUGCUCAUCACGCACGAUGGUGAAGCGACUAUCGCAGACCCCACUACAGUCUCUACUCUCCUCAAGCUCGCAACCAGCCCUGAUCAUAAUUCUGACAUCGAGGAUUUUAUGGCCCUUGUUUCCACUGCGGCCAGCUAUCUCGCAAACGAAUCCUUCCAAGAACAACUCCUAAAGACAAAGCAGGUGGAUGGGUUUGUCAAGGCCUUUUAUAUCGCACACACUCAGUUCGAUGCAGAGCUUGAUGAUGAAGAUACAGCCAAGGAGUUGGGCCAACUUUGCACUUCGUUGCUCACUACACUGGCGGAUCUGACUGGCAGUGAUUAUUUCCCUGCCCUCUACCCCCUCGAGAGUUCUGUGCCCCAGUCUCUACUGAAGUGGUUGAAGGAACCUCAUGCCAUUCUACAGUCAGCGGCUUGUCUGGCCCUUGGAAACCUCUCACGUUCAGACCAGGCUUCUACCGCUUUCGUGCAGAAGCAUCAGGCCCAUGUUCCUCUUAUGGCUAUCCUCUCUGAUACUGAGGUUACCGAUGCCCAGCUUCUCCAUUCAGCACUGUCUUUUCUCAAAAACCUUGCCAUUCCGGCACAGAAUAAAUCAGUGCUGGGUGAGCUGCUGGAGCCUGCCAGUGUACCACGGAUAUUGAACAUCGACACUCUUCCCCAAGUUCAAUUCUCUGCCGUGUCCUUGCUCCGCCUACUUCUCGUCAACUCCCCUGAUAACGUCCGCCGAAUCACAACACCUAGAACCGUGGAGGUUGAGGGGUCUUCCAAUAAUCACACAACUGUUCACGAUGUCAUCUCUCUAUUUGGUCGUUCUGAUACGGAGCCAACUAGACUCGAGGCUGCCCGCAGUGUUGCUACUGUGUGCCGUGUACUCCACACCACGCCCGUAAACGAAGUCCUCUCGGGAUGGAACACUGAGAAGGAAGAAACUCAAUCGAGAAGUUUGUUCUAUGCCGAGCACGACCUUUCCGAAAUUCUCUCUUUCCUCAUUACACAGGAGAAGUGGCCUAUUCUUAGGUCCGAAGCAUGGUUCGUCUUUGCCCUUCUGUCACGAUCUCAGGAUGGCGCACAGGUUGUUGCAAAGGUACUCGACGUAUCUGGAGCCAUGGAUGCUUUAACUUUUGCAAUCACUGGCAAGACUACAUCUGACAACAAGACACCUCAAAUCGAGGGUGGCAUGCCUGAAGUUCCUCCAGCUAUUCCUGAGGAACUUGCUCUGGAACCCCAACAGGUCGACCCAAAGCAGCAGGCCAACAUGGCCAAGGUGGAUAGAGAGAAUUGUCUGGUGCUGUGUACCGAAAUUGUCAAGAAUGGAGAAACCCUCGAGCCAGCCCAAGUGAGCCGACUACAAAGUUUAAUUAGACAAGGAACGGAAUUGUUAGGGAAAAAGGCAGAUGAGUAG